GUCGCUUCCAAGAUUGGGCACAACAGCACCACCACCACCACCCUCUCCACCAAAUCUUGCGCAAGCGCGUUAGGUCCUGGUCGCUAUGCGGGUGCUCGUGGGUGGUGGGACGGGCUUCAUUGGGACAGCCCUAACCCAGCUGCUGAAAGCCAGGGGCCACGAAGUGACGUUGGUCUCCCGAAAGCCGGGGCCAGGCAGGAUCACGUGGGAUGAACUUGCUACGUCGGGGCUGCCCCGCUGCGAUGCUGCUGUCAACCUGGCGGGAGAGAACAUCCUCAGCCCUCUCCGAAGGUGGAAUGAAACCUUCCAAAAAGAGGUUCUCAGCAGCCGCUUGGAGACCACCCAGAUACUGGCUAGAGCCAUCAACAAGGCCCCACAACCCCCCCAGGCCUGGGUCUUAGUCACUGGUGUAGCUUACUACCAACCCAGCCUGACUGCGGAGUAUGAUGAGGACAGCCCGGGAGGGGAUUUUGACUUUUUCUCCAAACUGGUAACCAAAUGGGAAACUGCAGCCAGGCUUCCUGGAGAGUCUACACGCCAGGUGGUGGUGCGCUCCGGGGUUGUGCUGGGCCGUGGGGGCGGUGCCAUCGGUCACAUGCUGCUGCCCUUCCGCCUGGGCCUGGGGGGCCCCAUCGGUCCAGGCCACCAAUUCUUCCCCUGGAUUCACAUCAGGGACCUGGCAGGAAUCCUGACCCAUGCCGUUGAAGCAAGCCACGUGCAGGGGGUCCUGAAUGGAGUGGCUCCAGCCCCCACCACUACAAAUGCUGAGUUUGCCAAGGCCUUCGGCGCUGCCCUGGGCCGUCCAGCCUUCAUCCCUCUCCCCAGCGUGGUGGUGCAAGCGGUCUUUGGACGAGAGCGUGCCAUCAUGCUGCUAGAGGGCCAGAAGGUGGUCCCACGGCGGACACUGGCCACAGGCUACCAGUAUUCCUUCCCAGAGUUAGGGGCUGCGUUGAAGGAAGUCGUAGCCUAAGUGGGGAGGCUCCUGGCUGAGCCUGAGGCCUAGCCCUCUCCAGAGGCUUCCUGGUUAAAGACUGUAAGUGGAUUCAGGUACUCCUCUGAGGCCUGAAACUAUCUGGUUCUUAGGGAUUCCUCUCCCUGCCCUCCUUCUCACUGUUGUUGCUUCACCUUAUUUAACUGAGAGACUGUCCACUGUCUCAAGGUUGCAGUCUCGUCGAGUUGGGUCCUUAACCUCUUCAACUCCUUGUAAAAGAAUUUCCAAGUUUGGUUUCCCUACAUGUUCCAUUACUGUCCCAGGUAUCCUAUAUGUUGUGUGGAAUGCUCUACGAUUGAGGCAAUAAAGAUAAAUUAUUUCACAGGCUUCAGUUUGCCUCUUUGGCCUAGAUUCUCCUGGAAUUUAUGUCCAGAUGAGAGAAAAAAAUGCCAGAUGACUUUUUCCCCUACGUGGGGUUUUGAACGUUAUAAUGGGCAAUUAUCUCCCUUCUUGGUCCCUUCAUUGCCAAGAGCUGGUAACAAAUCUGGGGCAUGAGGUUACGAUAAAGGUGGAGACGAGAAAAUGAGAAAGAUGAUGAUCCAUUAACAGUGGAUUCUGUGGUCCCCCUGCAUACUUGUCCACACAGUGCCAUUAGGGUGCCAUCAGAGGAAGAGACAAGGCCCCAGUCUGGAACAGCCUCCAGUCUGUCACUGAACAGCAGUGAAUUAAUAAAGCAAUCACAUGCGGGUCCUAGGUCAUCAAGCUGCAGUAGGACAAAGCCAACGUCCCUGUCUGUAAGAAGCUGAGGACUAUCAUCUCCCUGGGGCCACUUGAGGCAACCCGGGUCCCUAGCACGAAAGGGCAGAUGAUACCUGGUUAUCGGCUACAACUUAACCAGCAGUUCCCCUAGCCCCCAAUUUGGGCCAUAUUAACCAAUGUCCUUUCUUCCCAGAGGGUAUGGGCUGUCUUUGAGUCACUGUCGCCCCCUAACUAGCUUCUUUCCAACACACCUGCCCCCAGCUCGGGUCAAUACAGGCUAGUGGUACAAAGCAGCAUUGGGGAGGAGGGGUGAAGACACUGGGACCCAGCGACUCCUCCGGCAUCAUCCAGCUCCCCACACUGGUCACUGGAACAAAGAACUGCGGUGGCAGUACUUAACUUGCCGUGCCACUCGGGGGACGUCACAGCCUGAAAAGGACCAUGUCCAGGGACUUGCCACAGAGCCCAGA